AUGGUCGCUGGGGCAACCAUGGGUGAACACCAAGACCCCCCACGACAGAGUGACAACAAUGUUGUAGUGGACACACCCCUUGUGGGACCCAGAAAUGAGGCAGAGGUAGAGGUCAAUGGAGUUGAGUGUAGGGCCCUCUUUGACACAGGCUCUCAGGUCACAAGCAUUACACACAAGUACUGGCGUACCCAUCCUGUCCUUAAAAAAUCCAAACUCAGACCCUCUAAAAUUCCCAUAGAGGGUGCAGCAGGUCAGAAGGUUUCACACUAUGGUGUUCUGAAUAUAAAAGUUACGAUGUUUGGAAAGGAGUUUAAUAAGGUGCCAGCUUUUGUUGUUCCAGACUCGCAAUACCGUUCCUCUGUCCCUCUGCUGAUUGGAACUAAUGUUCUUCGGGCGUCCAGAGACCACCUUCAAGCAGCCCAUGGCGGCCAAUUCCUCCAGUGGGUAAAGGAAAGCCACCCAGAAUGGUACGCUGCUUUGUCGGAGGUGGAGAACACUCAACCUGAACAAAAUCAGUGUGUGGUGGGUCCUGUUGUGUAUGCUGGGCAAAGAAUACGCGUUCCAGGUGGACAUGAGCUAAAUUUAAAGUGCAAGAUCAAAGGGGGCCCAAAAAGAAAAACGUAUACCGCCCUCCUGGAAACAGUUUCCGUCCCAAAGCUUCCUCAAGACCUUCUGGUGGCUAAAGUCCUUGCUAAUGUCAGCAGAGGUUACGCUCCCAUCCGAGUUAUGAACCUAUCCCAGCAGGCCAUUGUGAUAAAACCAAACACUCAUCUGGCAGAUGCUGUUCUGGUGGACAGGGUGGUGGAGUUUAGUGACAGCCAGGAGGAUGACUCCGUCAAGGGGGGAGCCAUAAGCCUUGAGCAGGUUGUGUCGGCUUGCGGGGUGGACCUAAGUGAAGCUGCCGUUGAAAGUGACCACCAGCGCACUCUUCUCAAAGACCUGAUUGAGAGAAAUAAAAGUGUAUUUUCCCAGCACCCCCUGGACUAUGGCCACACAAAAACAAUGCAGCAUGAGAUCCCUUUGGUGGACUGUAAGCCAUUUCGGCUCCCAUAUCGCAAAAUUCCCGCCUCUCAGUGGCAGGAUGUACGGAAGUUGUUGAAUGAUAUGGAGUCGACAGGAGUUAUUAGGCCGAGUAAGAGUCCGUAUGCUUCGCCUGUGGUGAUAGUGACCAAGAAGGAUGGCACUCCAAGGCUCUGCAUCGAUUAUAGGAAGCUUAACUCCUGCAGCACCAGGGAUGCGUUCCCUUUGCCUCGUAUAGAGGAAGCACUGGAGGCUCUUGGUCAAGCAAGGUAUUUUUCGACACUCGACCUCACAGCAGGGUACUGGCAAGUAGAAGUGGCGGAACAUGACAAACAUAAAACAGCAUUCAGUACCCCCAUGGGCCUGUUUGAAGCCAAUAGAAUGCCAUUUGGUCUGCAAAAUGCACCCUCCACAUUUCAGAGACUUAUGACUUGCUGUUUCGGUGACUUGAACUUCACUCACCUCCUAAUAUAUCUGGAUGACUUGAUAGUGUUUUCCAGUACAUUUGAAGAGCACUUGGAGAGGUUGCAACUGGUGUUUGGUCGCCUGCAAGAACAUGGCCUCAAGCUCAAGCCAUCCAAAUGCCAGCUCAUUAGGAAGGAGGUGCAGUAUUUGGGUCAUGUGGUGUCAGCAGAUGGAAUCAGGACUGACCCAGAGAAGAUCACCAAGGUCAAGCAUUGGGAGAGGCCCACGAACCGUAAGGAAGUGCUGCAAUUCCUUGGAUUUGCUGGCUACUACCGGCGCUAUGUGAAGGGGUACUCUGUCUUAGCCGCUCCAUUGUACCGCCUUACAACAGGUGAUCCAAGGAAGAAGAAGCGGGGUGAGCGGAAGAGCUCAGGGCCAGAGUCACUAUUUUUAUGGACGGUCGAGUGCGAGGAAGCUUUCCAGGCCUUGAAGGACAGUCUUACCACUGCCCCGGUACUUGGCUACCCUGACUACAAUCUGCCAUUCGUGCUCCAGACGGAUGCUUCAGGAGGAGGACUUGGUGCUGUUUUGGCACAAGUUCAGAAUGGUGAAGAGAAGGUCAUUGCCUAUGCUAGCAGGAGUUUGAAUCCAGCGGAGACAAGGUACCCCGCUCAUAAACUCGAAUUCUUGGCACUCAAAUGGGCUGUGACUGUAAAGUUCUAUGACCAUCUCUAUGGGCGCAAGUUUUCUGUCCUCACUGAUAACAAUCCCCUGAAGUAUGUGAUGUCAUCGGCAAAGCUGGAUGCUACUGGGCAGAGGUGGGUGUCGGCACUGGCGGCAUUUGACUUUGACGUCCAAUACCGAAGAGGAAAGAACAAUGCCAAUGCUGAUGCUCUUUCUCGGAUGUCCAAUCAGGAGGUAACUCAAGUCUUGCAAACCUGUCCUCAGCUUAUACAAACUAGUGCUGGCUGGAGUGGUCCGGGGGAUGAGGAAACCAACAUGCCUGACAAAUCAGCAGCUUCUUUGUCAAAACCUGAAUUGGACGUGCCAGAUGAGGCAUACUAUGACGUGGGAACUGAAGCAUUGCCACCAAUGACAAAGCAGGAACUCAGACAAGGACAGAAGGAAGAUCCUGUUGUUGGCCCGGUCCUGUUCCUCAAAAGCCGGAAUAGGAAACCAAACAGCAAAGAGAGAGCGACUGGUGACAAGAAGAGGGACCUUCUUUUGAAGGAGUGGGGGAGGUUGGUGGUCAAAGAUGGAAUUCUGUAUCGCACCAUCAAAAAGUGUCGCAGGGGAAUAGUGGAGCAGUUGGUGUUGCCAGAAAACCUGCAGGCGUCAGUCAUGACUGCUCUACAUGAUGACUCUGGACAUCUGGGAUGUGACAGAACGCUCCAGAUGAUCAGAGAACGAUUUUAUUGGCCAGAAAUGUUCAAGGAGGUCAAAACAUGGUGUGAAACAUGUGAAAGAUGUUGUCUCAGGAAGACCCCAACAGCUGGACUAAGGGCCCCCUUGGUCAGUAUCCACAGCAGCGCACCCAUGGAGCUGGUGUGUGUGGACUUUCUGACCUUGGAUAAAGCAAAAGGUGGUAUUGAGAAUGUCCUCGUUGUAACUGAUCAUUUCUCCCGUUACGCACAAGCAUACCCAACCAAAGACCAAAAGGCAACAACUGUGGCUAGAGUGCUGUGGAAAAACUUCUUUUGUCGCUUUGGCUUCCCAACCAAGUUGCACACGGACCAAGGGCGCAACUUUGAGAGUGCUGUUGUGAAGGAGCUUUGCAAGGUCAUGGGGAUCGCCAAAACUCACACGACCCCCUAUCACCCUCAGGGGAACGGCACCACUGAAAGGUUCAACCGGACCCUCAUGAACAUGCUGAGAACAUUGGAGCCUAGGCUGAAACAUCACUGGCACGAGUAUGUGGAUGCGAUGACUCACGCGUACAACUGUACACAACACGACUCGACGGGAUACACACCCUACUACCUGAUGUUUGGAAGGCACCCCAGACUUCCAAUUGACUUGGUCUUUGGGCUCCCAACCACAGAAGGCUCUUGUGACUACAAUGAGUAUGUCCAAACAUUGCAUGACUGCUUGUCUCAGGCCUAUGCUCAAGCCAGCCAGGCUUCCCGUAAUGCCAAGGAUCAACAAAAGGCACAUUAUGACAAGAAAGCUAAGUCCCACGUGUUUGAACCAGGCGACAGAGUUCUGGUGAAGGUGUGCCACGUUGAGGGUCGGCAGAAACUCGGGGACAGAUGGCAGGCCCAGCCAUAUGUGGUGGUGAAAAAGCAACCCAAUAUGCCAGUCUAUGUUGUUCGGUCCGAGAGUGGGGAAACGGAAAGAGUGGUCCACAGCAAUCUCCUUACCCAGUGUAUGUUCCUCCCGGUGGACCAAGGAGGUGGAGUGACGGCUGGAAGAGAGGAUUCCAAUGGAGCUGGAGACAGUGUGGAGGAGGUAGAAGAAGGACAUGAGGAGGAAAUGGAUGUGGAUGUGGAAGAUGAUACUAUUGACUUGGAGGAACAGGUGGAGAUGAGGAGGAAUCCCCCAAGAAAAAGAGUUCCACCUAAAAGGCUGAGUCUUGAAUCUCAGGUAGUGAGGUCAGAUGACGACCAGCUGAGGAUAGCGAGGGAGUUAACCGUUCAGCCCAGUAACGCACUCUCUGACAACUCAGCUACAACUGACCUGGCAUUAAAUUACUUGAUAACAAGCAUUGCACAGCAGGUGGGACAAACUAUAAGGGAUCAGUUAAAGGAAGAAUGUAGAGAAAGUGGUGUUAGAGGCGCACAAGCUCAGAGCAGUGUCGGCCAGUUACCUAGUGACUCUACUUACCUUAACCUGACCGGUGCCAAGUUAGUCCUGCAGUCAGAUGUGAAAGAGCCUCCUGUCUUCAGAGGAGAUGAGUCGGACAAGAUCACGUUGUGUGAGUGGGAAGAAUUGAUGAAAACCUACUUCAAGAAACGAGCCACACCCGUAGCAGAGCAACAUUUUGAGAUAAUGUGUAAGUUAAUGGGAAAAGCCAAAGACAUUGUAAGAAUCACUCUGAGAAGCAGUCCCUCACUGAAACCAGGAGAGAGCCCAGAAGUGAUCUACAACAUCCUCAGUCGACAUUUUGGUGAGGUGAGUUUUUCAUGUAUGCCCAUGGCGGACUUCUACAGUACAGUCCCAACAGCAGGAGAAACUCCUCUAGAGUAUUGGGUUCGGCUAAACAAGGCAGUUGAUGCAGCAGAAGAAGGUUUGAAAAGGCUAGGUCGACGUUUAGACAACCCCUGCCAAGAAGUUGCUAUGAUGUUUGUUAAGUACUGUCCAGAUCCCUCACUGGCAGCAGUCCUCAAGUUUAAAGCACCGGACAAGUGGACUGUUAGUGAUAUUCAAGAGCAGAUAGAUCAAUACCAGAUCGAGGCCAGAGAACAGAAACUCUCCAAGUCAAAGCAGCCUGCACUUGUCACGGUUAACAUCCAGACCCCUGCACCUGAUAAUUUGGCGCCGACAUGUCAACCCAGAGAGCCUCCUGUGCAGGUUGAGAAUAACCCAGCAGCCAAACCCCCCUGCGAUGAUGGUUGCUUGAGAACACUGAUCGGUCUCUUUGAUCGUGCUUUAUCACAACAUGUCCUGGCCACAGACAAACCGAUCCAUCCGGCACAGACUUACCAAAGCAUCAACAACAAGUCACACGUGAAGGGGAUGCUGGACUCUGGCUCCAUGGCCUGCACACUAAGUGAGCAAGCAGAACUACAGAUGUUAAGUGACAAUGUUCUAUCAAAUUCCAUUCCUCUGACUCAAGAGAUUGUUCUUGUGGGCUGUGGUGGAAAAAUCAGCAAGCCUAAGUGCAUGUAUGAAGUUGAGAUGAAAGCUGGCAAUCUUCUUCCUGAGUGUGAGCAGUUUCUUGACCUCAUGGCAAACUCAUCCAGGUGGAGAGGUGAGGAGCUCCCGGAAAGGAUUGGCACAGUCAAGCUUCAACAGUCAGUCACCCUGCUGGUGAGACAAGAACACCUUGUGUGGGGUAAGCUGCCGAAUAAUGUCCCAAUGUCACCAGGAAGCACAGUCAUUGUCGAACCCACCUCAUCAAAGUCCAUGCCACGCAACAUCAUGGUCGGCCGUGUCAUUACGCCACUUUGGGGAGACAGAUGGGUUCCCAUGAAAGUGACUAACCUGUCCAACAAACCGAUAACCCUCAGGAGGAACAGUAAGCUGGCAGAUGUGUCUCCCUGCCUAGCUGUAGAAGAUUUUGAAGUUUUCCAGGGUUCCAGUCAGCCUGGAAAAGCUGAAACAGACAACAGUCAUGACUAUGUCAAGCUCACAGAUCUGAAACAGCGGCUGCAACAAAUUGGUCUCAGCAACAUUGACAUUGACCUGUGUCACGCUGGUAAUGAAGGGAAAAAGAAGUUAGUUGAGCUGCUCGAAAAGUACAAUGACAUCUUCUCAAAACACACGUUGGAUUGUGGUGAGGCGAAAGGCUUUACCCACCACAUCAGACUUACCGAUGAGAAACCUUUUCGUCUUCCUUACCGCCGUGUGCCACCAGCCCACUACCAGAAACUGCGGCAGGUCCUGUCUGAGAUGGAGGAGCAGGAAAUAAUCCGGAAAUCUUUGAGUGAAUAUGCAUCUCCUCUAGUCUUGGUGUGGAAAAAGGACGGCAGCUUAAGACUAUGCACCGACUUCAGGUGGCUGAAUGCUCGCACAUUCAAAGAUGCGCACCCACUGCCACAUCAGUCGGACUGCCUUGCUGCGCUGGGAGGAAACACCUACUUCAGCACCAUGGACCUGACCUCCGGGUUUUAUAACAUCCCGAUGGCUGAGGGAGACAAGAAGUACACUGCAUUCACGACCCCUGUGGGUUUGUAUGAGUAUAAUAGAAUGCCACAGGGUCUGUGCAAUAGCCCCGCCUCAUUUAUGCGCAUGAUGCUCAGCAUAUUUGGUGACUUGAACUUCAGCAGUCUGUUAUGCUAUCUCGACGAUUUGCUGGUGUUUGCUUCAACAGAAGAGGAAGCUUUGGAGAGGCUUGAGGUUGUGUUUCAGAGGCUGCGACUCCACAACCUUAAGCUAAGUCCUAAAAAGUGUCACCUGAUGCGAUCUUCAGUCAAGUUUCUUGGUCACGUCAUAGAUGGCAAUGGAGUGGCUGUGGAUCCAUCAAAAGUUGACGUAAUCACAAACAUGUCCAAAAGUGAUCUGAUGGAAGAAGAUGGCUGCACCCCAUCAGUGAAGAGGAUAAAGUCUUUCCUUGGGAUGAUGGACUCGGCGCUGUACUGUCACAAGUACCAGCUGGACAAGAGAAGGCCCGCCCCAUAG